GAACAUAUAUUUCUUUAUUUCCAGUAUUUUUAUGUAUUUAUUUACACGAUUAUAAUUUUUUAUAAAUAUGUAUUUAUGUAAAUUUAUGUUAGUCAAUAUGAUCUUAGAAGUUUUCAUAUAAAUUCAUGUUAAUUUGCUCUGCAUUCAUAAAUUUAUUCCAAACAAUAACUUUUCUUUUUCUUGAGUAACUGUUUGAGAGGUAAGGUAUGGAAGACCAAGGUGAAAUUACUUUUUUGAAUGAUAUUGACGCUCUUAGUACCAACUACACUAUCAAAGUGAAGAUUAUUAGUUUGUGGAGAAAGAAGAUGAAAGGUAACGAAAGAGGGACAUAUGGAUGAGAUGAGUACCAAGAUUCAAGCUUCUUGCUUACAUAGGUUGUUUUCAAAAUUUGAGAGACAUCUUAAUGUUGAUGAAUGCCUUAUAAUGAAAAGGCCAUCUCUUGCUGCGAACACUGCAUCUUUCAAAAUUAUUCCUAACAAUCAAAAGCUAUCUUUGUAUUACCAUACAUUUGUCGAAAAGUGUAGUAAAUGGGAUGGUCCACAGUUCAUUUUUGAUUUUGUUGAUUUCAAGGAUGUUUUGUCACAGAGAAACAAGGAGGGUACAACAAUAGAUUUCAUCGGUUACGUUGUUGUUUGCUACAAGAUUGAGGACACUAACAAAAAAGAUGGUACUAAAGGAAAACGCCUUAAUCUUAAGCUUCAAGAUCUCUAAGAUGUUGAGGUUGAUUUAACUCUUUGGGAUGAUUAUGCGAAGGACAUGUGUUCGUACAUGCUUAGUCAAGAUCGUGAAGCCCAUGUUGUCAUUGCUGUUCAUUUUGGUGCUGUUAAAACCUACAAAGGUAAGUGGGGGAUAUCUAAUAAUUUUGACGGUACACGGCUUUUCAUUAACGACAAUUUUGAUCAGAUGCUGACAUUCAAGGAAAAGUUUAUUGCAAAACUUUCUGCUUCAGCUGAGUCAAGUAGCCAUGUUGGGUCGUAUGUGAUAUGUUCUGUUGAAGAUGAAUUUGUGAACAAUGAUGUUUUCUCACCAAUUGCUUAUAUUGGUUCAAUCAUACAGCCAAAAAAAGUUGUUAUUGUGGGAACUAUUGUAGCAAUUGUUUCUGAUAAGAUGUGGUAUUACGAUAAAUGUAACUAUUGCAAAUCCAAAGUUGAGCAAAAUUUUGAAACUUACGAUAAGGAGGAUGGUACAAGCGAUGUUAGAGAUGAGAAGGUAUACCAAUGUUCCAACAAGGAUUGUCAAGGAAAAGAUGUUUUUCCCAAUGUCGAGGUUUAAAAUACCAAUUCGAGUUCAAGAUUCUACCGGUACGGUGACACUUACAUUGUUUGAUCAUGAGGUGUUGAAGUUUGUUGGUAAAACUGCAAAGGAAAUUAUACAAAUUCAGCACGAUAUACUCAAGACCAAUGAAAUGCCCAGAGCAUAUCCUGUUGAGUUUGACACAUUGGUUAAUCUCAAGUGUGCUUUCAUUAUUCGAGUAACAGACUUUAAUAUUACGAAUGCUGUUGAGAAUUAUGGUAUAUCAGUUGUGACCAAUGAUGCUGAUAUCUUGGAUCAGCUAAACAAAAAAUGGAAAAUUGAUCAACUUGAUGCCUCUGAUUCGUUUGCUAUGAGUCAGUCUGAUUUCCAAGAUGCUGGCGGUGAAAGUGCAAAGGAUGGUGUUUCUUACACUGGUGAUAACUCUACACCUGUUUCAAAGGAUUUUGCUUCUGACUUGAAUCAAUCAUCAACCUAUUUGAAGCGUAACCUUGGUGAUGUUUAUGCGAGUGAAGACGUAGUGGGAUCGUCGGCAAGUAAACCUCGCAUAAGUGGUGAUACCAUUUCUUCUGAUGAGGGUCAUGCAAAGAAUUAAUAACCAACUAAUCUAUUAUUACAAUAAGAAACAUUUGGUUUGAUGUUUGACAGUUUGGUUUGAAUUUCUUUUUUUUUUGG